CCGGAGCCGGAUCCAGGCCGCUCGCAGCGCCCCGGGGACUCGGGCGGCACCGGGCGAUGAAAUGACAACAUCAACCCUCCAGAAAGCUAUCGAUCUGGUAACAAAAGCGACUGAGGAGGAUAAGGCCAAGAACUAUGAGGAGGCGCUGCGGCUGUACCAGCAUGCAGUGGAGUACUUUCUACAUGCCAUCAAAUAUGAGGCUCACAGUGACAAGGCGAAGGAGAGCAUCCGGGCGAAGUGCAUGCAGUACCUGGACCGGGCGGAGAAGCUGAAGGAUUAUCUACGCAACAAAGACAAACAAAGCAAGAAGCCUGUCAAAGAGUCUCCAAAUGAUAGCAAGGGGAGCGACAGUGACAGCGAGGGCGAGAAUCCGGAGAAGAAGAAGCUGCAGGAGCAGCUGAUGGGUGCCAUUGUGAUGGAGAAGCCCAACGUGCGGUGGAGCGAUGUGGCUGGCCUGGAGGGCGCCAAGGAGGCUCUGAAAGAGGCUGUGAUUUUACCCAUUAAAUUCCCACACUUAUUCACAGGUAAGCGCACCCCCUGGCGUGGGAUUCUGCUCUUUGGGCCCCCUGGCACGGGGAAGUCGUACCUGGCCAAGGCUGUGGCAACCGAGGCCAACAACUCCACAUUCUUCUCCGUGUCGUCCUCGGACCUGAUGUCGAAGUGGCUGGGAGAGAGCGAGAAGCUGGUGAAGAAUCUCUUCGAGCUGGCAAGGCAGCACAAACCCUCCAUCAUCUUCAUCGACGAGGUGGACUCUUUGUGCGGCUCCCGGAAUGAGAACGAGAGCGAGGCUGGCCGCAGGAUCAAGACGGAGUUCCUGGUGCAGAUGCAGGGUGUUGGUAAUAACAACGACGGGACCCUGGUCCUCGGUGCCACAAAUAUCCCCUGGGUCUUAGACUCGGCCAUUAGGAGAAGGUUUGAGAAGCGCAUCUACAUCCCCUUGCCGGAGGAGGCGGCCCGAGCCCAGAUGUUCAGGCUGCACCUGGGGAACACACCACGCAACCUGACAGAGGCCAACAUCCACGAGCUGGCCAGGAAGACGGACGGCUACUCGGGAGCCGACAUCAGCGUCAUCGUGCGUGACGCCCUCAUGCAGCCUGUCCGCAAAGUGCAGUCAGCCACACACUUCAAGAAGGUGCGAGGCCCGUCUCGAACCAAUCCCGGCAUAACUAUAGAUGACCUCCUGACCCCAUGCUCGCCGGGGGACCCCGGAGCCAUUGAGAUGACUUGGAUGGAGGUGCCUAGCGAGAAGCUGGUGGAGCCAGUGAUCUGCAUGUCAGAUAUGCUGCGCUCGCUGGCCACCACCCGCCCCACCGUGAAUGCAGAGGACCUCCUGAAGGUGAAGAAAUUCACAGACGACUUUGGACAGGAAGGUUAAAAGCUUCUGCCGUGGGGCGGGCGGGGGUGGCAGGGCGGGGCUGGCAGUGGCAGCGUGUAUGCUUGCAAAGCCCUAGUGCUGGCAGGCGCACGGUGCCAAGCGGGCGCUAAUGUUCAGCUCCCUACUAAACCCACCUGUCUGUGGGCCCCCAGCUGGGAGUUACACAGCAGCACGGCCCCGGCCAGCCAGGCAGGCCUGUGGAAGGGGCUGAGCACAGCCCAGGGGCCUGCCCUGCCUCCCCCAGGGGCCCUGACACCCCUGCCUGCUUUUUUUUUUUUAAUUUUUUUAAAUUAAUGCUGCUUGUUUUGUCUUGUUUAUAUACAAAUAAAAACGAUCCAAAAGCUUCG